CGCUUGACCCUUGGCUAAAACGCGGCCACCAAGGACCUGAACACUCUGCGCGACGCGCGGGCGAACCUAUCUAUCGGUCGUGACCGCCGCACAGCGUUUUCGGCCGCUGAGAAGCGACAAACUUUUUGCGGUGCUCUCAACAGACCCGAGCUGCUCUCCGGCCCCGGGGGCAGUAGGAAGUGCCCGAGGUCUUCGCGCACCCCCGCAAAAGACUGCGCUGCGCGUGCACGCCAUCGGCGCGGCAUCGCUAGCUCAUCAAAAAUGCCCCUCAGCGACGCCGAUUCCGCGCGCGCGCUCGACGCGUGGCUCAAAGAGCACGUCGGGAGCACAGAGCGCCGGGCCGCGGUGCGCGCGGUGGCCGACCGCCUCGAGGAUUUGACGGGCGUCGAGUACGACGACCUCGACGAGGCGCUCGAACUGUCGACGUGGCCCGCACUGGUGCAAAAGCGUUUCGUCGGGGCCUGGCGCCGCUUGAAGGCGGACGCGGCCCCCGCAAGCGUGACGCCGGACGCGUCCCGCGCGGCGCCGACCCGCGUCGCGCCGCCGCCGCCGCUGCCGCCCUCGCCGUUGUCGAACGCGCCGACGACGGCUUCCGCGUCCGACGACGACGCGACUCGCGACGAGACGCCCGCGCGGCGCCCCGCCAAGAAGGCCAAGGUCAAGGCCAAGGCGCCGGCCGAGCCCGCCGACGCGACGGCCGGCGACGCGGAAUUGGCCCGGCGCCUCGCCAUGGGCCUGCCGCCGCGCCGCGCAAGCCGCGGCCGCGCGCCCCCGGCGCCGGCGCCGGCGCCGGCGCCGACGCGACCGCCGCUGGCGGCCGGCGACGACACUGACGAUGAUUUUGAUGAGCUUUAUUCCGAGGUGGCGGCGGCGGCGGCGCCCGACGCGCCGUGGGCCGUCGGCGACAAGGUCGAGGCAAAGUUCUUCGUCCGUGCGGAUGGGCACCGCAACCAGUACAGCCGCGACUUCUACCCCGCGACGAUCACCGCUAUCCAUGGCGAUACGGUCGACGUCGAGUAUGAUACCUCUGACGAGGAAACGGAGGAGCAAUUGCCGCUGCGCCACGUGCGCAAGCGGCGGCGCGCGCCCGCGGCGCCUCCGCCAGCGGCCCCGCCGAAGAAGAAAGCGAAAAAGGCGCCGGCGAAGACGGCAUGCGCCCCGGGCGACGAGCGCUCGCGCCUUAUGGCGCAGUGCUUGAAGCGCGGCAUCCUGUGCCAGGGCAGCGCGACGACCAUGGAGUACAUGCAGACGAAGCUCGCGGCGUAUGACGGUCCGGACCCAGCCGAUGAUUUGCGAGUAGGCGGCGCGUGUUACUGUCGCUGGAGCGACCGCUGGUACGGCGCCAAGAUAUUGUCUGUCGAUGGCGACUCGUACCGCGUCCAUUUCCUGGGCUGGGGCAAGCGCUACGACAGCGACUGCGCGGCCGAGGACGUGCGGCCGGCGCGCUAGUUGUGUGGAUCUAGUAGUAAGU